GGGCCGGAGCGGAGCGGCGGCGGCCGGCGGCUUGGGGCGAAGAUGGCGGACGUGCUGAGCGUGCUGCGGCAGUAUAACACGCAGAAGAAGGAGAUCGUGGUGAAGGGCGACGAGGUGAUCUUCGGCGAGUUCUCCUGGCCGAAGAACGUCAAGACCAACUAUGUCAUCUGGGGGACAGGGAAGGAAGGUCAGCCCAGGGAAUACUACACUUUGGAUUCUAUCUUGUUCCUCCUCAAUAAUGUGCACCUUUCGCAUCCUGUUUAUGUCCGUCGUGCUGCAACUGAAAACAUUCCUGUGGUAAGAAGACCUGAUAGGAAAGACUUGCUUGCAUACCUAAAUGGGGAAACAUCAACGUCAUCAAGUAUAGACAGAAGUGCUCCACUUGAAAUUGGUCUUCAACGUUCCACUCAAGUUAAAAGAGCAGCAGAUGAAAUAUUAGCGGAAGCAAAGAAGCCAAGAAUAGAGGAUGAAGAGUGUGUGCGCCUUGACAAAGAGCGGCUGGCAGCUCGGUUGGAAGGACAUAAAGAAGGUAUCGUGCAAACAGAGCAGAUCAGGUCCUUGUCAGAAGCCAUGUCAGUGGAAAAAAUUGCUGCUAUCAAAGCAAAAAUCAUGGCAAAGAAAAGAUCCACUAUCAAAACAGAUCUGGAUGAUGACAUAACUGCUCUUAAACAGAGAAGUUUUGUUGAUGCUGAAGUGGAUGUAACCAGAGAUAUUGUCAGCAGGGAGAGAGUAUGGAGGACAAGAACUACAAUCUUACAAAGCACAGGCAAGAACUUUGCCAAGAAUAUUUUUGCAAUUCUUCAAUCAGUAAAAGCCAGAGAGGAAGGCCGAGCACCCGAGCAAAGACCUGCACCAAAUACAGCACCUACGGAUCCCACUUUACGAAAUAAGCAACCUAUUCCAGCUGCCUACAACAGAUACGAUCAGGAAAGAUUCAAAGGGAAAGAGGAAACGGAGGGCUUUAAAAUUGAUACCAUGGGCACCUAUCAUGGAAUGACUCUGAAGUCUGUAACGGAAGGUGCUUCUGCUCGAAAAACACAAACACCAGCAGCACAGCCUGUACCACGACCAGUUUCUCAAGCAAGACCACCUCCAAACCAGAAAAAAGGAUCUCGAACUCCCAUAAUCAUUAUUCCAGCAGCCACAACCUCUUUAAUAACAAUGCUUAACGCAAAGGACCUUCUGCAAGAUCUGAAGUUUGUACCAUCAGAUGAAAAGAAGAAGCAAGGCUGUCAACGAGAAAAUGAAACUCUAAUACAGAGAAGGAAGGACCAGAUGCAACCUGGGGGAACUACAGUCAGCGUUACCGUACCAUACCGAGUAGUAGACCAACCUCUGAAACUAAUGCCACAAGACUGGGAUCGUGUGGUGGCAGUGUUUGUACAAGGUCCCGCUUGGCAGUUCAAAGGCUGGCCCUGGCUCUUGCCUGAUGGAUCACCUGUUGAUAUCUUUGCUAAGAUUAAAGCUUUUCAUCUCAAAUAUGAUGAAGUACGUCUGGAUCCAAAUGUACAGAAAUGGGAUGUAACAGUGCUAGAACUAAGCUACCACAAAAGACACUUGGACAGGCCAGUAUUUCUACGCUUCUGGGAAACUUUAGACAGGUAUAUGGUAAAGCAUAAAUCUCACUUGAGAUUCUGAGUCGUUCAGCUGCCGUUCAUUUCCUGGAGUGUGGAUUGAGAAAAAUGAAAGAGACUCCAGUUUGGAGACCAGAGCUCGCACUAUAUGUUAUGUCAAUAACUUCACAAAUGAAGAAGGGUCACAGUUGAAACUUUUUAUAAAAUCUGGUUUGGAUGCUUCAUGGCAGGUUGAUACCUGUUGUUAUUCAGAAGCAAAGGGGUUUUGCUUAAAACUAUUUUUUUAAUGUUGUUAGCCUUCUAGUCUGCAAUUCAAAUUGUAUAUUUUGAUAGCAGCAGUUUCUUCUCUGUUUUGUUAAAUUAGGCACAUUUUUAAAUAAUGUGUUUCGUUCCUUAUUAGAAAAUAGAUUGAUCUUCACUGCAGGUUACAAAUGUGUGUGUGCCUGUGCGCGUGUGCGCACGUGUGUGUAUAUAUGUGUGUAUGUGUCUAUAUAUAUAAUGUAUAAAAAAUUUAUAGACACGCUAACGCACACAUAGUUAUUACUGAGGCUUUCUAAACCACUUAGCUUCUGAGCUUAGUUUUGGUUUUCUUUGCUUACUGUUUCACUUACUGAAAAUAUUUUGUUGUGAAUGAAUUUACAUUUUAGUCAAUAGGACUUGCAAACUGAGAAAAGUGAAGAUUGUCUCGGAAAUCAAAAUGUCAACCUGUAUAUGUAUAUUCUGUCAGUCUUGGAAAAAGGGAAGAUGAAAAUGCUAGAAACUGACUUGGAUUUGUGAUGUCCCAAUGUACUGAAUCUUCAAACUUAACUACAAGUACCUUCAGGUCAUGGUAAUUUUAAAUCUCCAUUCUCCAUGCAAGUCUCUUUAUUUAAGCUGGAACUGUGUAUGUGUAUGUUCCCAUCUAUCAAAAUACCUUCCUACAAGUCUAAGUGUUACCUGGACUGAACGAGGAAUAGAAAGGGACAGAGUUUGGAUUUUUUUUUUCCCUGGUAAUGGUCACCACAAGGAGGAAUAAUGUUAACUUCUUUGCAUUUAUACCUGUAAUAUCACCGCUACUAUUAUUUUCUUGUGACAAAAGUAGCCCAAACUAUGUCUGGAGGAGUUGUCAUUCCCUGAUACGAGUGGCUAAUAAGGCCUCCUAACAGUCCUGCAUCAGACUGGAAGAUGAGUUUACUCAAUUUACCAAAGAACAGAUUUGCUUGAGCUACAGUAUAAAUGAGGCCAGAAGAUCAUGGUAUUUGUAUGGAUUUAUGGUACCUGUGUAUCUAUUUAACAAUGUUGCAUACCAGUUGAUGUAGAGAAUGAUCCAAUAUUGUAACACCUGCAUGGAUUUUUUGGGAUAUAAAAUACAUGUUUAUAUUCCAUUCUUGAAAUCCAAAACCAUGUUUUUUAAUAUACUUUACAUUUAAGACUUGACAAAAGUAAAAUGGUCUACCUGUUCUCUAGUUCUGCUUUUUAUUUGAUGUUACCUUCAUUUUAAUGAAUCCAGAAGCCACACGUUCUUCAGAGGUUUUUAGGAUUGUCUUAAAUUUAUAUGAGGACUGUGAAGUCUGAAAGGUUUUUAAUAAUAAUAUUUCUAUCCAUGCUGUAUUAGGUUUACUAUCUUUAAAUUUAGCCAAUUAUCUUGAUGGAAAUAAAAACAAGC